AUCAAGUCCAGGCGAGAGGGGAGGAGUUUUUAAUGUUCAGUUUGUUCUAUGGAUAGAUGUUUUCUGGCAUCGUCUCACCCUCACUGCACCGUGCGUAAUACCAUUACCCCCACGCUUUACGCGCUUCUCGCCACAUAUCGCAUACAUCCAAUCGCGGCACUGACUUGACAGACGUCGUGGUGUGUGCGCGGCUUUGAUGGACAAACACGGAAGGUGAAGAAAAAAGAAAAGAUCCGCUCGUCGGGGGAAGAGAAGGUGAAGAAGGGAACAGCAGCCGCUCUGACAUCUGCUUUUCCUUUGACAACGGGUCCUUAUAACUGGGAUAUAGUUAGAGAGAACUACACUAAAGAGACCGACAUAAAGACACCUUAUAUCUCUCUCUCUAUGUAUGGACUAUAUUAGACCGCAUACAACAUUUCACCUGGGCAGAAUAGUGAACUGCGAGUUCCGAAAUGCCACGGAGGAAACAGCAGGCGCCGAAGCGGGCUGCGGUUUACACGCCUGACGAUGACAUGGUCCUUGAGGAGCCAAUCGACAAAGAGGACGGAGAGAAUGACCCUCCCACUGAAGAAGAAGGUUCAGAGAAGCCCCACCCCAAAUUGUCAGAGGACAAAGAGACGGACGACAAGAGCACUAACAGUUACAGCGACCAGAACUCUCCUAUUAGUGUCCUUUCCAAUCAAGAGACAGAGUUGGAGUCGCGCCUAAGCGACACCAGCGACCGCCUCACAGACUUCAAAGCGCCCUAUCUCAGCGAGGGCCCGAAGGAGGAGAGCGGCCCACCCAAACACAAGGAGGAGAUGAACAGCAGCCUGGAGAACAUGAGGGCCGCCUAUGCAAACUUUCUCUCCGACUCCUACUGGACAGGGCUUGGGAUGGACCUGAAAAUAGGCAAGAACACCAGCAAAGCGAACUGUGACAGCACCAACGGCAGCGCGAAGACCGAAUUCGAUUGGCACCAGGAUGCGCUCUCCAAGACCUUGCAGCAUACUCUGUCUCCGAAGCCUAUGUCCAAACCCAAUCUCUUCAGCUCAGUCCACUUGUACCGGCAGAGCAACAAAGCCUGUGGGUCGGUGUUCACGGGAGCCAGUCGUUUCCGGUGCAAGGACUGCAGCGCUGCGUAUGACACACUGGUGGAUCUCACGGUUCACAUGAGCAAUAGCGGACAUUACCAGGACAACAACCACGGCAAACAGAGUAACUCCUCGUCCUCGUCAUCGAAAUCCAGAAAACGCAAUCUGCAUGACAUGGAGGGGAAAGAGGAUGCACAGAAAGUGUUGAAGUGCAUGUUCUGCAGCCACUCGUUUGACUCCCUUCAGGAUCUGAGUGUUCACAUGAUUAAAACAAAGCAUUACCAAAAAGUGCCUUUAAAAGAACCUCUCCCAGUGCUCACACCCAAGCUUUUGCCACCGUCAAAGAAAAGGGCCUUUGACACUGCAAGACCCUGCUCCCCGGAUUCCACCACUGGCUUAACUGACGCACAGAGAGCCACCGCCAUUUCAAACGCUAACAACAACCGCUACGGCUAUCAGAACGGGGCGAGCUACACCUGGCAGUUUGAGACGUGCAAAUCUCAGAUUCUGAAAUGCAUGGAGUGCGGGAGCUCACACGACACCCUUCAGCAGCUCACCACCCACAUGAUGGUGACCGGCCACUUCAUCAAAGUCACAAACUCGGCCUCCAAGAAGGGUAAACAGUUAGCCCUGGAUCCCUUGGCUGUAGAGAAGAUGCAGGUACUGGCUGAGCCGGCCGCCAGUGAAACCGAGGGAGGAAAAACGUCCCCGAAAGCGGCCUCCCCUGGGGAACGAGAGAAGGAAUGCCAGGGCGAGGGCACGUCAGAGAAAAAGGAGGAAACCAAGAUGAAAGAGGAAAAGCAAGAGAGUGAGGAUCAGAAGGCCGGUAGCGAUACCUUUAAGUAUCCUUAUCUCCGCGAGGAGGAUCUGGAGCAGGGUACAGGCGCUGGAGGAGACAUCCUCAAAUCUUUAGCCAACACAGUGGCGUCCGCCAUCAACAAAGCUCAAACCGGGACACCAAGCUGGAGUGCCUAUCCUAGCAUUCACGCCGCCUAUCAACUCUCUGGGCUCAUCAAAAGCACGCCACUCUCCGCGUCUCCUCCCAUUCAGCUAAAGCAGUCGUUCAACCACAAGCUCAGAACCAUCGCCCCAAAGGGGAAGGUUUACCCCGGAGCUCUGGGAGCAGAAACCCCCGAGGGACAGCAUCAAAAUGUGGACAUCAAAAAGGAAAAGGUUGGCAUAAGCGACAGUAAAGAAAUUCAGAACAUUAAGUUUGAUCCGCUGGAGAAUGAUGACAGCGAUUGUCAGGACGACUCCUCUUCCUCUUCAAAGCUUGAUGCAGACUGUGCGAAUGACGUGAACGAAGUGAUCAAAGGAAAGUUGAGCCCGGAUUUCGACACAGGCAAGACACCGAGUCCCUCUGCCAGCAAUGGACCCAGCGCUGCUCCGGAGCUUCUCAGUGACACUCCGGAUACAUUUGCCAUAAACCCCCUCAGUGCACUGCAGUCCGUAUUGAACAAUCAUCUGGGCAAAGCAAAUAAGCCCAACAAUGCAAGGGCAGCUAAAAUAUCUGCGCGCACUCAGUCCAUUUUCGCUGAAAUAAACCGGAACAAUGAGAAAUCUGCUCUAAGGCUUGGAAAUCCGAUUAGAAAUCGGCCUGAGAAUUCUUUCCUGUUUGUUAAUGAAGACCAGCCGAUAGACUUAACAAAAUCCAAACACAGCAAGCCUGCGAGUGCUUCAGUACUACCGCCCUCUACCCCAGUACCACAUAAGUACGCUCUGUCUGACAUUGCUGACAUGGUCAAAGUCCUCCCUAAGGCCACCACACCAAAACCUUCCACGCCCUCUAGAAUCCCGAGCAUGAAACUGGAAACGGAUGUCAGGCGUUUUGAGGACGUGUCGGCCGACGUGUAUUCUGUCCACAAGCGCAAAGGUAGACAGUCCAACUGGAACCCCCGCCAUCUCCUCAUCCUGCAGGCCCAGUUCGCCUCAAGCCUCUUCCAGACCUCUGAAGGAAAGUACCUUCUCUCAGACCUCGGGCCUCAGGAGCGCAUGCACAUCUCCAAGUUCACCGGACUCUCCAUGACCACCAUCAGCCACUGGUUAGCGAACGUCAAAUACCAAUUACGGAAAACAGGCGGUACUAAAUUUCUGAAGAACAUGGACACUGGCCAUCCAAUUUUUUAUUGUAAUGACUGCGCGUCGCAGUUCAGGUCACCCCCCGCAUUCAUUUCUCACCUGGAAUCCCACCUAGGCUUCCAGAUCAAAGACAUGUGCAAGUUGCCUGUGGAACACCAGACAAAGAUGGAAGAGCCUGAACUGUCAAAGGCCCUUAACGUGAGACCCACAGAGCCACCGGGCCUGGAGGAGGAUAUUGACUCAAAAUUCAGAUGUAAGCUUUGCUGUAGAACAUUUGCAAGCAACCAUGCGGUUAAACUCCACUUGAGUAAAACUCACAGCAAAUCCCCAGAUAACCACUCACAGUAUGUGGAAAUGGAAAAGGAGUAGGUUUUAAUAUACUCUCUCCUUUUGUGGGGAGUUUUGUGUUUGUUUGUCUAUUUUACUUCUUUUUUUUUUACAUACACGGGUCCAUUAUUCCAGUCAUUUUUAAAUUUGAUUGUAUAGUGUGCAUUAUUAUAACGUUUCAUUCACUUGAGUACACACACACUGGUUAGAAAUAACUAAGGACACACUUAAAGAUACCUUUGCACCCUGCUCAAAUGCAUCACCAGUAAUAAGAAAUGUAUUACUGCUUGAGGAAAAAUGAUUGCUAAUGUUUGCAUGCAAUAGCACUGGCUAUGACUACUAUUUAUUUGUAUAAUAUUUCAAGUUUCAAUUGUAUUUCAACAAGAACUUAUGAAUCAAUUGUAAUUUACAACGUAUUCUAAGUACUACAGUAAAUUGCAUAAACGUGCAGCUGUUUGAAAGGGUAGAAAGACAUGUGAACACACACACAGAACUGUACAGUGUAUUGCUAUGUAAAGCGUUUUGUGUUGCAAUGAUAAAAGAAAAAAAGCACUUUAAUAAAUGUUUAAUCACCAGUUAAGACUUGGAUUCUGUAAAUGUUGAAAAAAAAGGUAAUUUGGAAACAGGAAUAUCUCACAUGUAAAUAUAUUUUAGGGUGAAAACAGUGCAUUUCAUGCGAUAAAAUUAUUAACAGCAAGAAAAAAUAUACCUGCACCUUUUUUUUACCUAUUCAAAUAAAGAGUUAACAUUU